UGGGCCGACGAAGGUGGGCGUCGAGGUCGCCGGAGAGGGGCGCGCAAUCUAAACCCGAUAACGAGCCAGCUGGCGGCGGCAGUGCCGUCAUUUACGUGAAGGUACGACCUUCGCGAGAGGUUGCUCUCGCUGGUGGUGCCGGAUCACUCCUUCAAAUGGUCGCAGCCUGUCCUGAGAAAUAAAUCGCGACACGACCUGGUACCACUCGUGGAGGACACGGAAGUGCCAGCUUACCCCGAGGAACGCAUCGAAGAGUAGUGAAACGAAAAGGACCAGGAAAGAAAAAAAAAAAAGAAAACAAACAUGCCGUGAAUUUUGUCAGGUGACAAUGCGUACGACCCGACGAAGUAGACGGUGUUCAUAGCGCGUGCGGCUUUCGAUCGCAUGCGUCCAACGCUGUAGACACUUCGUCGUCAUCGUCGUAGUCGUAGUCGUUUUUGCCGCGCGUGUGCAUGUGUACAGUGUGUAGUGGUACGCGCGUGUGAUCGUGUUGUACCUGACCUGUGGUACCUCUUGACCCAGCUUCUACCUGAUCCAGGUGCCCGACAUCUGGACUGAUCGCGAUGACUACGAGGGAGCUCUAUGUUAAGGACGGCCGAGUAUGGGUGCCGCAUCCAGAGAAGGUGUGGGAAGGCGCCGUGCUCCUGGAGAACUACAGGCAAAAUCAGUCAAAGCUAAAAGUGCGCACGGAGGAAUCGAAUCAGACGAGGAUAUUGGAGAUCAAAUCGGACAAUGAUCUUCCGCCACUCCGAAACCCCGAUAUUCUGAUAGGAGAAAAUAAUCUCACGUCGCUGUCGUUUCUUCAUGAGCCCGCUGUCCUCUACAAUCUCCAGAUCCGCUUCCAGCGGCAUUCCAUUUACACCUACUGUGGCAUAGUCCUGGUAGCCUUUAACCCGUACAACGAAUUACCCAUCUAUGGCAAUGACACGAUAUGGGCCUAUAGGGGUCAGGCAAUGGGUGACCUGGAACCCCACAUUUUCGCCGUAGCCGAGGAAGCCUAUACGAAGUUGGAGAGGGAGAACCAUGACCAGUCGAUUAUCGUCUCCGGCGAAUCGGGCGCUGGCAAAACUGUCUCCGCGAAGUAUACCAUGCGGUAUUUCGCGACUGUCGGCGGAUCGGCGACGGAAACGCAGGUCGAGAAGAAGGUUCUCGCCUCUUCGCCUAUCAUGGAGGCAAUUGGUAAUGCAAAGACUACCAGGAAUGACAAUUCCUCCAGAUUCGGAAAGUUUAUUGAGAUCCAGUUCAAUAAGAAUUAUCACAUCACCGGUGCAAGCAUGAGGACUUACCUAUUGGAGAAGUCGAGGGUGGUAUUUCAGGCAAACGAGGAGCGAAAUUAUCACAUCUUUUAUCAGAUGUGCUCAGCGGCAAAACGUCUUCCCCAGUUAUAUUUAUCCGACCAGAAUCAGUUCCACUAUCUCAAUCAGGGCAACAACCCAAAGAUCGAUGGCGUAGACGAUCUAGCGUAUUUUAACGAGACGAUAAGUGCACUGACGAUGCUUGGUUUCACGUCCAAACAGCAGGACGACAUGCUACGCAUACUGGCGGCCAUACUACACUUAGGUAACGUAAACAUAAGUAGUUGCGUCAAGGAUGCGAAGCAGAACGAAGUGGAUACCGAAUCCAGCUACAUCGCGCCAUCGGAUCGGCAUCUGCUCGUUCUUUCCGAGCUGUUGGGCGUCGAAAUCAACGCAAUGCGCAAAUGGCUAUGCCAUCGAAAAAUCGUUUCGACACGAGAGGUCUUCCUGAAGCCUAUGACUGUGGAACAGGCAAAUGGUGCGCGGGACGCCUUAGCCAAACAUAUUUAUGCCGAGCUUUUCAACUGGAUCGUGACCAAUAUCAACAUCUCACUGCAAUCACCAAGUCAGCCACACUGUUUCAUUGGUGUACUGGACAUUUACGGCUUCGAAACGUUUGAGAUAAACUCGUUCGAACAGUUUUGCAUCAAUUACGCGAAUGAGAAGCUUCAGCAGCAGUUCAACCAGCAUGUCUUUAAACUGGAGCAGGAGGAAUAUCUGAAAGAGGAUAUCGAAUGGACUUUCAUCGACUUUUACGACAAUCAGCCCUGUAUCGAUCUGAUUGAGACCAAGCUCGGCAUUCUAGACCUCCUUGACGAAGAGUGUCGUAUGCCAAAGGGUUCGGACGCCUCCUGGGCGGAAAAAUUGUACACCAAGUGCAUCAAGUCUAAGCACUUUGAAAAGCCACGAUUCGGUACUACAGCCUUUCUGAUCUAUCACUUCGCCGAUCUCGUACAAUACGAAACUGUGGGCUUUCUAGAAAAGAAUCGCGACACGGUGAUCGAAGAACAAGUGGACGUGCUGAGAAGUAGCGAGAACAAGUUGCUGAGAAGGCUAUUCAGCGAAGAAGAUCCUAAAUUGGCAGUACCGCACACAAGAGUGAAAGUGUCUACUCAGAAGAACGUGCCGAUGAACGCAACCAAUAAACAGAAUAAGAAGACGGUCGGCUCGCAGUUCCGUGACUCCCUUAAUAUGCUGAUGGCCACGCUAAACGCCACGACACCGCACUAUGUGCGCUGCAUCAAGCCGAACGACGAGAAGGAAGCCUUCGAGUAUAGUCCGGUGCGAGCGGUGCAGCAGUUGCGUGCUUGCGGCGUUCUGGAGACCAUUAGAAUUUCUGCUGCAGGCUUCCCGAGUCAGCGCACGUACGGCGACUUCUUCCAGAGAUACCGCUGCCUCUGCAGGUUCAAAGAGAUUCGGCGGGAUGAUCUGAAGGAGACCUGCCGGCGUAUCCUGGCCAGGUACAUUAACGAUGAGGACAAGUUCAAGUUUGGCAAGACUAAGGUCCUCUUCAGGGCUGGUCAAGUGGCGUAUUUGGAGAAGUUACGAGCGGAGAGACAGCGUGACGCCUGCAUAAUGAUUCAGAAGACCGUGCGCGGUCUGAUCCAUCGUAAUAAAUACAAAAAGAUUCGCAGGUCGAUUUUGGGUCUUCAGAGAUACGGCAGGGGUUACAUCGCCCGACAAAAGGCCGAGGCUGUGAGGAGGGAGAGGGCAGCGGUGAAGAUUCAGGCACGAGUAAAGGGCUGGUUGCAGAGGCGUUGCUACUUACAGAUAAAACGUACGAUUCUUGGAUUGCAAACGCGUGGCAGGGGCAAUAUGGCUCGCGCCAGGUACAAGAUAAUGAAGGACAACGCCGCUGCGACUGUGAUCCAAAGAUUCGCUCGUGGAUAUCUCGUGAGGAUGGCGUGUAAGAAGAAACUUAAGGACAUAAUAACCGUACAAUCGUGUAUCAGGAAACGCCAGGCGAAGAAAAUCUUCAGGCAACUAAAGGCCGAGGCUAGGAGCGUGGAGCAUGUUAAGUCGCUCAACAAAGGACUGGAGAUGAAGAUUAUCACGCUGCAACAGAAGAUAAAUGAAAUGGCGAAAGAGAAUCAGUUCUUGAAAAAUGUUCAAAAUGAGAUGGUAGAUUUGAAGUGCAAGUUGGACGGCUUGAAAUCCGUUGAUGUUGAGAAUAAGAAACUGAAUGGUAUGAUGCAAGAAAGAGAGAAAGAGCUGAAAAAAAUGGAGGAAAUUCUACAGCAAGAGAAAAAUGAAAAAAUGGAUAUACUGCACGAUAAGGAGAGAAUUGCUUUACAGAAAAACGAGGAAAAUAAGAAAUUACAGCAGGAGAAUGAAAGAUUACGAAAGGAACUUUCGAUAGCGACCGAGAAGUUGAAGAGUAACCAACGCGGUGCCGAAGAGAACCUCAAAAAUCGACUUGAGCAAGAGAAAGAUCUGCUUCGAAUGGAACAAGAUCAAGAUCGCGGGGCUUAUCAAAGAUUACUUAAGGAUUACCACGAGAUGGAACAGCACGCAGAAAUGCUAGAACAAAAAUUAGCGUUACAAGGAGUGCUUGGACAUUCGCGCUCUUUGAGCAAUGCUUCCAGUGGCAGUGGCCAAAAUGCGACUACGGAAAUUCAACAAGAUGAUCAAAACAUCGAUUUCGGUUACGGUUCCGUGAGAUCUACAGGUUCCUCAUCGACGCCUUAUUCGCGAGUGGAAACGAUUGAUUGGAAUCAACAACGUUCGGAUAGUCCACCCGAUGGGGAAGUUCAAUCAAACAAAUCACCUUCGGAGGCACCUGUGCCUGCACACGCGCCCGUCGACAUAGGUCUCGUCCUGAAACUGCAACAGAAGCUGAAAGAUGUCGAAAAAGAGAAAGGCAGAUUGAUUAGAAUGGUCGAAGAUCUGGAACGCGAUAGUAACGAGGAGUCGACCAGAACGCAGGAUUCGUUCAGACUCCAAGAAUUGGAAAUGGAGAACGCGCAACUUAAGAAAGACUUAAAUUCACUGAGGAAGACCGUAUCGUCUGCUAGUCCAUCAUCUGCUCAACAAAAUCUUAUGAUACAAUUUGAGGCACUACAGGAGGAACUGGAAAGGAGAAGAGAGGAGUGUAUUCAGCUGCACAGCGUGCUGGCUGAUCAUACAUGUAGAAUGAAGAACUUAACUGCCAAUUAUGGCCGCGACGUGGACAUCAUAAACGAGGACGGCGAGCUGGUACUUGCCUUCGAAGCACAGAAGAAGAUUAACAGUAAACUUAAGACAAAGGCAUCGAGAGGAGAGCAAUUGGAAGAUGAGCUGCAGGCAAAAGAAAGAAACUGGAGAGUACAAAGAGAUGAAUGGCGAAACGAAAUAGACAGGUUGCAAGAAGAAAUCGAGAAGCAACAAAAAUUGCUCUCUAUUAAUUUAAGUAAAUCACCGCAAACCCAAGCGGAGCUUUACAUGCAGUAUGAGGUGACUAGAUUGACGUCUGAAAAUUUGGAACUUCAAGAAAAAUACGAUAAAGUAGCGGAGGAAUGCAGACGUUUCAAAAAACAAUGCAGAAUCCUGGCGAAACGACUUAAGGAUGCUGGAUACGAAGGAGAAGAACGUCCUUAUAUGAAAGGCACCGUGCCUAAUGCGGUGGAAUAUGCAAACGGCUGCGUCGCCGCUUCUGGUACUCACGGAGAUGGAAGUAACAUGCCUAUCAUUCGCAAAAAGGAGAGAGAUUAUGAAGGAAUGUUCGAAUUUAGAAAAGAGGAUAUCAACGUGAUCAUACGCCAUUUGGUCAUUGAAUUGAGACCCCGAAUAGCGGUGACGUUGUUACCGGGCUUGCCGGCCUACAUCAUCUUCAUGGGCGUUAGGCAUACUGACUGCAUCAAUGACGAUGAAAAAGUGCGGUCGCUGUUAACCGAGUUCCUGAAUGCCGUUAAACGCGUGUUAAAGAAACGCGACGAUUUUGACUCCAGGGUACUCUGGCUGAGUAACACCUUGCGUUUGUUGCACAACAUGAAGCAAUACUCCGGUGACAAGCCGUUCCAGAUUGAGAACACGCCUAGGCAGAACGAGCAGUGCCUGAAGAACUUUGACCUGAGCGAGUACCGCGUUGUGCUGAGCAACAUGGCACUCUGGAUCUUCAACAAUCUCAUCACGAAUCUCAAGGAGAGAAUUCAGGCCCUCACGGUACCGGCCUUGCUGGAGCAUGAGGCGAUAUCCGUUCCGACGGACAAGACCGGACGACCCAGGUCAUCGUCCAUGGGCGGUGAGCCGGAUUCCACGCAGCAGAAACUGGAUAAGCUUUUGGGUGAACUGACGUCGGUGCAUAAGACCUUGCAGUAUCACGGCGUAGAUCCCGAGAUCAUAAUGCAGUUAUUUAAACAAUUGUUUUACUUCAUGUGUGCCAGCGCUCUAAACAAUCUGCUAUUGAGGAGCGAGCUCUGCCGAUGGACGAAGGGUAUGCAGAUAAGAUAUAACAUGAGCCAUUUGGAGCAGUGGGGCAGGGACCGACGACUAGAAACCGCGUCGGAAGCUCUACAUCCCAUUAUACAGGCGUCGCAACUGCUGCAGGCUCGCAAAACAGAUGAAGACGUUAAUUCUGUCUGCGAGAUGUGUCACAAACUGACGGCUAAUCAAAUAGUGAAAAUUCUGAAUCUAUAUACACCCGUCGACGACUACGAAAGUCGAGUUCCUGUUUCGUUUAUCAAGAAAGUGCAAGAAAAAUUGAAAGAACGUGGCGAGAACAACGAACAACUGUUAAUGGAUCUAAAGUAUUCCUAUCCCGUAAGAUUCUCAUUCAAUCCAUCAGACAUUCGACUAGAAGAUAUCGAAGUACCCGAGGUGCUUCAUUUACCCAUGCUCAAGAAGGUGUAACGCAAACUCUCUCUAGGCAUGAUCCUGGUUGAGAUCCCCAUACUGCUGUACUAUACUGUGUGUCUUUAGUUGAAUUGAAAACAUUAUACGCGAAUAACCGAAACUCGCUUAGUCCAUUUGUUCGUACAGAAAGUUAGUGAUACCAAUAAUCCGGCUAUGUAUAGACGUAGACGCAUCGAGAGUGGUUCAUUGAUAUCACGUUUUAUAUGUUUCUUUUUUACUCGUGUAAUUUGUAGAUUUUACGAUAUGUCGCCACAUUCCGAAUCGUAUUCGCGUUCGAAGUCAAUUCUGUUGUAUAAUAGAUAAACAAUCAGGUCUCAGUAACGAGAAAGAGCGAUAUUUUCCAUUAUUGUUAUUGUAUAGUGUUGUCGAAAUGUAAGAAAAGGUACGAGUAUGAAGCUUUUACAAGGAUUAUGAAGUACAUACAGAGAGAUGUAUAUUUCGCGUUCAUUUCUUUUCAA